GUGCGAGGGUAUAUUGACAAGUCAAAUUUGGUGAAGCACAUGAAUGAUGUGGAGUGAACGAACAAUUUGGUGGUGUAUUGUUUUUUUAUGCGUGAAACAGGGAGUUUCGCAGAAUGUUUCGAGCUUGAGUAAAGUGAGUGAAAACUGUGAAUCCGGAAAACGACAAGACUGUGCUGAUUGUCGCACAGUGAAAAUUUGUAGCUAUGAUCAAACCGUUUUAACAAGUUACAAAUGUCAAGAUGUGGAGCCUGAUAAGCCUUAUUGUGUUGGAAGUGGUAUAUGUUCUUCAGAAUAUGAUUCAGAAAGCGCCUGUGGUGUGGCAGAUGAUCUGUGUCCUUCAACAAAAGCUGGAUUUUAUCCAGACCCUUCCAACUGUACGCAGUAUAUUUAUUGCGAUGAGAAAAAAAUAGCAACGCCUGUGAGUUGUCUUGCUGCCAAUAAUGCCUAUAACCAUUCGUCUUCAUCGUGUUUCCUUCGAAAAGUGCUAGACGAUUGCUUCCAAGUGAAUUGUGAAUUGCUGCAGAAUCGUAAUAAAUGGUUUAUUUAUAAACCAUUUCCUCAAUUUUACUUCUUUUGCUCAAUGAGUGGCCUGCCUGUGAUGUUUGAAUGUCCUCGCGAGUUCGAGGUGUAUGAUGUGAAACUGCAACGAUGCAAGUUUGAAUGUCGAGAAAGUGGUCGUUUUCCGUAUCCGGGAGAUAACAAAAAAUACUACGAAUGUGUCUACGUCACACCUUUCAAGUUGGAAUUGUUCGAGCAGCGGUGUCCAUUGCAGCUUACAUAUGACGAAGAAAAAAGGAUCUGCAAUGUAAAGUGAAAUGACAAUUAAAUAAAUUGUGUUCAUGGGUAAUAAACCUAACGUUACGAUACCUUCGUAAAAUAUUGUUGUUAAUUAAUAUAGUUAAUCUACAAUAUGGUGGUACAAUUGUUAAAUGGUAUCCGUUGAUUUAAUGUGCGUUGCACGGCACUCAAUAAUCUGAUAUUAUAUAAAUCUAUGGACAGGUCAUGAAGAUUUCACAAUAUAUAUUAUUCAUCAUUUUAACAAAGGAGCCCCUUUAAUCUUCAAUUUACACGACUCAAUAUUCUGAUUUCUAAAAACGCUUCCAUGUUUGUCAGAAUGAUUAGAAACAAUUCACACAUACUUAUUGCGAUGUAAAAGUAGGGCUGACGGCAAUUUCAACGCAAACAAACGGGCGAAUAAAUAGCGUUUGUAGCGCUUUUUCCGCUGAUUUGAAUGAUUUCAGGUUUCAAUAUCAGAAAGCAUUCACAUCGUCAAUAACCAUGGUGAAAUAUAGAACGGUGUGCCUGUGCCUAUUCUUUUUUAUUCUGCAGAUGCUCGUACUAGGUGCAUCCGACGGGCAAGGUAUUUAUUCGGACUAUCUGGAUACAAAUCUUUUUGACCCGCAAAGCUCUUCUGAGGAAAUGAUAUCGCCGGAUAAUGACGUGCCAAGUUCAUUAUGGUACAGUACUUCAUACAGUUUACCACUCUCGCCACAAUUUAUAGAUAGAAACUUGACUGGAAGCUGUACUAAUACUUCCACGAUCGUGUGUACCGGAUGUCGACGCGUGCGCGUCUGCAUUCCAGGGAUCAGUGAUCAGUCAUUGCUGCCGGAAAACAAUUGUCCCUCGGGCACGUUCUGUAAUUCGAUCGAUGCUGGUACCAGUGGAGCAUGCCUGGCUACUGUAGAUCCCUUGUUUCCAGAGUGCAGAUAUACAACAGGAAUCGGCGAGGGUAAUGGAGCAAAUAGUGGCAACAAAGUUGGUUUACUUUGCACGGGAUUGGGAGUAUUUCCCGAUCCCCAGGAUUGCAUGAAAUUCCACUACUGUACAUCUGUUGGAAGCUACGCCCGGUUGUUCAAAUGUCCGUCGGGUUACGUAUAUAACUCGAAAAAGAAAACCUGCAGCAGAAACACUCAAUGUCAAACGAUACGAUGUCGUCCAAAUGGAAGAUCUAUAUUUAUACCGUUUCCACAGGAUCCUACAUACUAUGCGUAUUGCAAUUACAACCGUCACCGAAAUCGACCAGUGUUGAGGAACGUGGUGGUGUACAAAUGUACCGAUGGCUCGGAAUUUAAUGCAUUGUCUAAUAGCUGCGUAUUUAAGUGCUCGAGGGAAGGUUUUUUGCCAAAACCCGGCGAUCCCACGAAAUUUUACUGGUGUCGAAGAGUUAGUGGCAAUUUGUUUGGGUAUGAGCAAGUGUGUCCAGGUCUGGGAUCUUUAUUUAGUGCCAAGCUUGGAAUUUGUUUACCACCACUUGUCACCACCACUACGGAGAUGUCGCAAAUGAUGAGUGAAAGUAGUUCCACUACUGAAUUAAUCGAGCAGCAAACAGAGAGUUCAAAUUUACCAACCGGGUCAGACGAACCAGUGCAGUUUCCCCCUUGGCCUCAAUGGUCCUCAUUUCCCGUAUUGUUGUAAUAUGUAAUGUUACCAUUGUGAAAUUGAUAGUAUAUAAAUGAAAUAAUGGUGGAUAAUGGAUAAUGGAUUCUUUCGUCUCAUCUAAUACCAAUUAUCUAGUCUGGACAGUUCCUCCGUUAGCAAGGAUUGAGUAUCUGGAUGCUUAGGAAAAUAAGUUUAUUGAUCAAUGUGUAAGUCUAGUAUUUGCGCGUUGAAGCCAUCAAGAAAUUAAAAAAAUGAUUUAGUAGUGCUGCUCAUUUAAAUUCUAUGCAAUAUUAUCAGUUUUUAUAUUCAUCACCAGAUUAAGUUGUUCUAUCUAUUAUCAUGGGCUAAGUGCACAAUACAAUAAACAAUUUGAAUUCAUUGUAUUUUGUGUAGGAUUUAUGCUGAUGUUUAUCACUCCUUUCAGAAAAAAAGAUAAAAUAAAUAUGUUGUCAGAGAUUUACAAUUAUUUUAUAAUUACCGUUCCAAUCGAAACAAAAAAGAAAAGAGAAAUCUUGUUCCCGCAUUAUCCAUAAUUGGAGCGUGUAGUUGUCAAAUGAUGAAAUCGACUUAAAUCUAUCGGUGUGAUAAAAAGUUUCUCUUAAAAAAGUCAUUCAAUGUAAUCGAUGCACUUUAUAAAAUUUGGGAACUAGAUAGUCGUGGGUCAUACAAUUCAUUUCAAGAUCCGACCCGGAGUCGGUUUCGAGACUGUUGGAAUAAAUUCGGCCCCGGCGAUCCAGCGGGUGCGCUAGGUCGGUGUCGGAAUCAAAUCCAACCGGCGGAUGCAACGAGUUCGGGUCAACCGAAUGAUCAGUGAAGUGCAAGUGCAAUCCGUGCAAUCCGUUGGUGCAGCGAGUUUGGGUCACGCUAAGGAAGUUUCAGUCUGACCCGUGUUUACGUCAAAAUGGUUAAAAUUGUACAGACGGCCUUACCUAACCGAUCAGCACCAUAUUUAGUCGAAAUCUGAUCACAUAAUUAUUAUAGUUCCAUCAACCAGUUUAUAUAAAUAAAUACGAAAAAAGAGCAAUAUUUUAGGAGAAAAUAGUUAAUUUCGACAUACGCUGAAAUUCGACACACGGUUUCUUCGCGGUCAGCUUUUAUAUCGAUUGUCGGGGACACCCUGUGUGAUGAGCUGCACAUGGUUUAUGCAAUACUGCUAUGAAUGAUCGUUUGCAUACUUUUAGGCGUUUCAUUGUGAAUAUUGUCCAAUUCAGUCGUGUCAAACAUUCUUGUGUGACACUACUAGUUACUAAAGGGAAGGAUUAAAACAACUAUUACAGAAUUAAUAUUUUUUAUUUUCUUUAACGUUUGACUUACGAUUUAUAACCUAUUUUCAAAACCUGCUUUUUUAUAAAACCCGCGAUUUAUAGACUGUUUCGCAAAUCUUUUUUCGACAUUUUAAAAAUGUUGGCACAUUGCCAAUACAUUUUGGAAACUAUUCAAAAAAUUGUGGACAACAUUUGUGAUACUAAUCAGUACUUAGUAAUAACUAAGCAAUCCUUCUGUUGGAGUUGGAGGUAUAAGUUAUCGUCAUCAAUUAAUUAUGAGACGGAUUCAAGCAUGUAAAAAUCAUUGGAAAACUACUACAUAAUCCAUUGAAACCAGGUAUUUCUUUGAAAGGGAAAGAUUAGACUAAAAUUUGUUACCGAGCUACACAGUUCACCGCUUUUACAUAUUCAGAAAACGGUAGUUUUCUGAGUUUAAAAGUUCUCGGAGAAAAUUAUACCUUUUUGACUCAUGAAUAGACAACAGUAA